CCCCAGAGCAAGACGGAAAGGAACAUGUUUCACGACGCCACGAGUGAACACUGAACACUCAAUCCUUUCCGUAAUCUGUGUGGUUCAGAGGAGUUGCAAGGACUUUUGAAUGUUGUCUUUGAAGAGUCAAGGGUUCAAAGUCUUUCCGGUGCUUGUCAGUGGGGAAGUUGAGAAGGAAACUCCCCUAGUAGGCCAUGGAAGUCUUUUAAGUCGAGCAACAUUUACAUGGUUAGUUCCCGCAAGUCUUCCAGUCUCCCAAAUUCCAAGUCAACAGGGGUGUUAAUAUAUUGCAAACAAAGAAUUCUCAACCUCUACAAUUCAUCACUCUUGUUCUGAAUUUGAGGAGGAGUAGAUCUUCUUAUUCUUCUUCCUUUGCGGCGCUUUCUUCUUGUUCAUCAGCUGGGAAUUCUCGGAUGGCUUCGGUGGCUUUGUUUAUUCUCUCCGUUCUUGCUCACCUUGUGGUUCUGCACUCUGCUGAAUAUUCAGAAGCGGAACCCUCCAAACAUUGUCCAGGCCACUUCUGCAGUGACAUAGCAGGCAACAUCAGCUUCCCCUUCAAAAGCCCGGGAGAUCCUCCUGAAUGCGGAUUGUUCACAGUUGAUUGUUCAGAACCCGAUCGGCCAAAGAUCCAAUUGAAAGAGGGGGGAUACUGGCAUGAAUUCCAAGGCUCUUUAUUUUCACCUUCGAUUUCUAUCAAUGACAGAGACCUUGCCGACCGCUUAGAAAAGGAUCGCUGCGAUGAUGGAGUUUUCGACGACUUGAGUCUUCCCAGCGCUUCUCCAAUCGUUGAAGUACCAUUAUUCACACACGAUCUGACCCUUUUCAAAUGCAACACCACCUUAGACAAAAAUUCUUACCCACAACUUAAUUAUGGCUGCGGAAAUGCUAACCAUACUUAUUAUACCGCUUCAUUUAGCAGUAGUUUAACUAACCCCCCGCCGCCAGGGUGUGCAACCAUUCAGGUCCCCAUAGUUCCGUCUCCGUCUCAACCCAUCACGUUGUCUUCAUUGACUGCUGAGUUUUCCCUCGAAGUGGAAGCACGAAAAUGUUAUCAAUGUCGUGAAAGAAAAGGUGAAUGCCUGGUUGAAUAUGGAAAUUAUAAAUGCGCCGCCAGAGAAAAAGGAGAUAAGCAGGUGAAAUUGAAGCUAGGACUAGUUGGUGCAGCUUCUGUUAUCGUCGUUCUAGUUGUUGUCUGCUGUUUCUUUUGGAAGAAGCGUAUCCAAAAACAUCAAAUUGUUGAGGCCCUUCUAAGGAGCUACGGGCCGCUUCAAGUUCAAAGGCAUAGCUAUUCGGAGGUCAAGAAAAUGACCAACUCCUUCAAAGAAAAAUUAGGACAAGGAGGCUAUGGUGCUGUUUACAAAGGAAAGUUAAAGGACGGCCGUCUUGUAGCAGUGAAGGUCUUGACCAAACUGAAAGGAGAUGGAGAAGAAUUUAUGAAUGAAGUGGCAGCCAUUAGUCGAACUUCCCAUGUCAACAUCGUCUCCUUGUUGGGCUACUGUUUUGAGGGUUCGAAGAGGGCUCUGAUCUAUGAAUUCAUGCCUAAUGGAUCGCUCGAGAAGUUCAUAUUUGAUGCAAGUACUCCCAAGAAUGAUCAUCAUCACUUGGGAUGGGAAACUCUGGAUCAAAUUUCACUGGGUAUUGCUCGAGGAUUGGAGUACUUACAUCGUGGUUGCAACACACGAAUUUUGCAUUUUGACAUCAAGCCUCACAACAUUCUUCUCAGUGAAAAUUUCACCCCAAAAAUCUCGGAUUUUGGCCUUGCCAAAAUAUGCAACAGGAACGAGAGCAUUGUGUCGAUGUUGGGAGCUAGAGGUACAGCAGGUUACAUUGCUCCAGAAGUAUUUUCUCGAAACUUUGGAAAGGUCUCACACAAGUCCGAUGUGUACAGCUACGGAAUGAUGCUUUCGGAGAUGGUUGGAGGAAGAAGGAACAUCGACACUGAAGCUGAAAAUACAAGUGAAAUAUAUUUUCCGCAUUGGAUUUACAAGCGUCUUGAACUGGACGAAGAGAUUGGUCUGCAGAGUGUUACGAAUGAGGAAGACAAAGUAAGAGCAAGGAAGAUGAUCAUAGUGAGCUUGUGGUGCAUACAAACUGAUCCUUCCAACCGGCCAGCGAUAAAGGAAGUGAUAGAUAUGUUGGAAGGGAGUGUUGAUUCAUUGCAGAUACCACCCAAGCCUUACUUGUCUUCUCCUCCAAAAUCCCCGGUAGAUUCUUCUACCACAUUGGUAUCAAUUCAGUAAAAAUCCUGUAUUUUACUUGAACAAAUCUAUGUUUUUUCUGAGGCAAUCUGAAUAAUAAAGUAAGCAUUUCAUUUU